AUUUGUCGCAGAUAGAUAGGAUAGUCUGUAAAAUCCAAGUAUGCUUCUUAUAGUUAAAUCAACGCUUGAGGAAAAUCUAUUUGAGUAGUCAUGCGUUAAAUCUUAUUUGUAUGUUCUUUCAGAUGACUGGCUACGACUAUUCACCUAUAAAUUGAAGACGACAGUGUCUCAUUCUUUCAUUUGAAUCGAAUUCAACUGAAGAAAAAAAAAUUCGCUCGAACACAAAAUUGAGUGCAGUAACGAAGGAGUAAGGCAGAUUAGCUUACAUCUAAUUGGUUCAUUGAAGUUAACCAAUGGACAAAGCAGCCAAUCAGAAGCCAGAAACAUUGACAAACAAACAAUUAGCCUCAUUGGCUGUUGAUCGUACACAGACCACAUGUCUAACUUCAGGUGGAAAUAAUCUUGUAAAAACUCAUAUGUCAUACCAGUCAUACGACGGUGGUUGUCGUUCGGCUGAUCUUCGUCAUUAUCCUACAAAUUUAACAAAUCAAUCUAGUUUAAAAGAAUCAACAACAUUUCAUGAUGAGGAUCAUAUUAGCGAUAUCAAGCCAACCAUUAAUAGUAGUAGUGGUCAACAAAAACAUGGUUUAAUUAAAAAAUUAUUACAUCGAACUAAUUCCAACAAUACUCAUAGUAAUUCAGAAAAAUUGAAAAUCUUAGAAUUACGAUCACAUCGUCGACCACAACAGACUACAGAAGCUUUUCAAAGAGUUAUGGGGAAUGUACAUCAUGGUGGUAGUAACCCAAUUUAUGGGACUGCUAUUAGUAGUGGUAGUAGCGGUAAUAAUGCUACAGUGCCUCAUUCUCCUGAUGAAAAUUCCAGUAAUAAAUUGUUCAAUAAAACUGCAACCAAUACAAAAUCACAUGAUAAACAUUUAAUUGCACACAAUCUGCCAACACAUCAUCAACAACAACAGUCAUCGUCAUCAUCAUCAAUAACAGCGGAUGGUAAAACAAAUAAUCCACCAACUACUACUGCAACUACUACUAUUACUGGUAUAAGUAGUACUAGUAGCAGUAAUAAUAAUACUACUAAUAUUAAUGGACUUUUAACCAAUGCAUCUAAUAAUCUUAAAAUAACAGCAACAACACCAAAUGAAACUAUAGCACAAUUACAAGAAAUCAUUGCACAUUUAACUGCUCUGAUCAAUGUGAAAGAUCAACGUAUACAAGAAUUGGAAAGAGAUAAAGAUAAACUGCACUCAGUACUUCAUCAACAAAUCACUAAUCAUUGGGAUGAUACAUCUUCACCUGUUGACGGUCUCAAAGUGAUACAUGAAGAUCUCCCAUCGAUUAGUGAAACAAAUGUUGUUACUCAACCUAUCAAUGAUGAUAAACGUAAUGAUAGUGAAUCACAUAGUCCUUCAUCAUCAUCAUCUACACCAGCUGGAUCACCACCAGUUACUACUGAUGUAACUACUACUCCACCGCCUGCUGCAGCUUUAUUACUUCGUAAACGUCUGGGUGUUUCUGGUGAAUCAAUGAAAUGUGCACAAGAAUUAGUUUAUCAUGAUAAAGAUGCAAAUUCUCGUCGACAAAUACGUGAAGCUCUACGAAGUAAUGAUUUAAUCAAAAAUUUAGAUGCAGUUCAAUUACAAGAAGUUGUUUCAUGUAUGCAUGAACAAACUGUUGCAGCUAAUUGUUAUAUUAUACGUGAAGGAGAAGAUGGUGGACAUUUAUAUGUUGGUGAAGGUAAGUGUAACGAUUGCAUAUAUAUAUGUGUUGGUUGA